UCCUCUGUCUGCUGCAAUCAGCGAUAUUCUAUCAUGUAACUCACGUACAUGCAAAAAUUUUCUUUCUCUUGGCUGUGUCCCAGAGAGGAGUCUUAUUGCUGUACGAAACUGCGUUAAGUUUCUCUUCGGAGAUAAGUGCAGGAAGAAGCGAGUUUCUUUUGACAAAGUGAGUUUCUCUUGCGUUUGAAAUCAACCAGAUGUGGAAAGCGUGAUCUACAGAACCUAUGUAGCGGCGAAAGGAACAGGAACGUGUUUGCAUUUUGUAGGGAAAUUGUCUACUUUCUCCACUAGAUGACGCAUGAUUCAAAGAUCAGACGAGCAAAGAGGAAAUUUUUCGAUGAAUCAAGUUAAAAUAAAGUUUUUAAGGAGGACUUCAUAGGCCUGCAUAACUCAGCUGACUGAAUGCUUUAUUCAUUGUCAUGGAGGCAGCUGAUCUUGUAUCGUAGAAAAUUAAUUUUGUCCGCUCAGUGAGGGAUGUGCAUGCAUGUACAUUAUGGCUUACAAAUUACCAACACGGUAUUUUAUGCUGUGUUCUUUUAUGAUUCUGAUGUUUUGGGUGUUAUUAAACGUGGUUUCUUUUAUGUAUUUGGGGUCGAACGAUAAAUAUUUAACCAAAGGAUACGGUAGACAUCUUCAAAACGACAGCCCGUCGGACGAUUUCGAGAGAGAGAUGAUAGCGCAAGAGAAGGACCCUAGCACUUUGGGUUUAAUUCGAAAUAAGGAGGAUCAGAGAAUUAGAGAAAACGGUUACGAGAAACACGCUUUUAAUGAACUUGUUAGCAACAGAUUGGGGUUUUACCGUGAAAUACAGGACACUAGACACGAAUUGUGUAAAUCAAUGACAUACUCUUCAAAUCUACCAUCAGCCAGUAUUAUCAUUUGCUUUCACAAUGAAGCAUGGUCAACAUUAUUGAGAACUGUACACAGUGUCUUGAACAGAACAGCGGAAAAUCUAGUUCAUGAAAUAAUCUUAGUUGAUGACCAUAGCAGCUUAGAAACAUUGAAAGAUGAACUUCAAAAUUAUGUAAAAAAAUUACCAAAAACCAAACUAUUGAGGACAGCUCGACGUGAAGGACUCAUUAGAGGGCGAAUGAUAGGAGCAAAGAAUGCAAUUGGUGAAGUGCUAGUAUUCUUGGACAGUCAUUGUGAAGUGAAUAAAGAUUGGCUUCCACCACUUCUGGAGAGGAUAAAAAAAAAUCCAACUACAGUUGUUUGUCCAGUGAUUGACAUGAUUAAUGCGGACACCUUUGAUUACCAGUCCUCUCCCUUGGUGAGAGGCGGUUUCAACUGGGGUCUUCAUUUUUCUUGGGAGCCUGUGCCCAAGCAUUUGCUUGUGAAGCCUGAUGACUAUGUUCUGCCCAUUAGAUCACCUACCAUGGCUGGAGGCUUGUUUGCCAUGGAUCGUAAUUAUUUCAAUCAGCUCGGUCAAUAUGAUGAAGGAAUGAAUAUUUGGGGAGGUGAAAAUCUGGAGAUCUCAUUUAGGGACAUUCCUGGACAGUCAAGUGAAAAGCAAGCCUCUGCUUUGCUACGCAAUUGCAAAGAGACCCAUGCCAAGGUUUGGUCUCUCAAUCAAGACAAUGAAUUGAAAGUGGAUCGCUUGCUCUGCCUUGAGGUAACCAGACAUGAGAUGUUGAAAGUUAUGAAAUGUCAUGGACAAGGAGGAGCUCAAGAAUGGCGGCAUAAUAAGACUCUGCAGUUGUACCACAGAGCAUCUGGUUUGUGUAUGAUGUCUACCAAAAAAUCAACUGUGAAGAUGGAAAUCUGUGAUGAUAGCCUCACCCAGAAAUGGUACUUCACAACUGACUAAGGAGGAGAAACUGAAUUAAAGAAGUCAGGCAAACUCAUCUGUGGGAGAGUAUGUGAUAUCUUGAAAUAAUGUCAAGCUGAUAUAAGGUGGAAACCCAUGUUAGCUGUCAGACUAUUUUUCACCAGCUAUGUUUUGAAUUGUGAUUAAAUAGAAAAUGAGUAUUUUUUAAAUGAUUCUAAUAUCAAUGUAUGGCCAAAGAAAAGUUUCUCAAAUAUGUCCCAGAAUGCUGUAAAUCAUAUCUCAUCACUUUACUAUUUAUUGAUAUUGUGAGAAAUUACUUUUUUUGGUCAUUCCUGUUUGUGAAGGAGUUUAAAGAGGUUACAAUAGGCUUAACUCUUUAACUCCCAGAUCAAAUUUGUAAUUCUCCUUACUGUUAACAAUACAAUUCUUAUGUUAGUUCAGAGAAUUUAGUUCUGGAUCAACUAAUCAUCCCCAAAAUUAUAUAUUUUUCUUUAUUCUCAUUUCUUAUCUAUUAGAUGUUGUAUUGAUAUUGUAAGGAGAAAUUCUGUCUUGGUCACUCAUGAGAGUUAAAUGGUUAAGAUAACACUUUUGAACUGGCUCACUAAUUUUAUAUUCAGACUUCCAAUUAAGUGGCCUUUCCCUUCAAGGUUACCUGGACAUCUUGAUGUAAAACAUGGAUACUGGCUCAAAAACUGAAAAAUUGUAAACAAGUCUACAGACUAUAAAAUGUAAAUUUAAGGAUCUCAUGGUUAUAUUUUUGUCCAAGAAAAAAGAACUUGAAAAAAUUUGUUCCCUUCAAUUUCUACACAAAAAAUGACAUUGAAAUUUACCGCAAAGUUCUCUUUUCUCUAUUGAACAUUAUGAUGUAAAUAAUUUAUCAUUUUAUGCUUAAUUCAUGGAAGGAAAUUAUUGACUGUAAAUUGUAUUCUAUUUAUCAAUGUUACACAAUCAUAUUUUCAACAUGGAUUAGGCAGUAAUUAAUUUUAACUCAAGAUGCUUGUUUAUUAUGUAAUAAAUAUUUGCUCUGCUAAAUCUGUUUUGAACAAA